ACGGAUCGAGAAUGGGGCGGGUCAUGACAGGUCGGGUCUAUGAGAGUACCCAUGCCCGCCCCGCCCCGCCUAUGGGGCGGGUCGGACCCGCCCCAAAACAGGUCGGGUAAAACGGGUCAGGUCGAAAUUGCCAUCCCUAGUGGUCUGGUCGGCAACGGUACUGAAACACAAGUGAUCAUUUCGUCAGUAGCUAGUUUGACUUUUAGUAGAAAGGGAAUAUUCUGAGAGAAGUUAGGUGACCGUACUGUUAAGAACUAAAACAUAAGUGACCACUUUGUCAGUGGCUAAAAGUUUAGCUUGCCAUUGUCCAUCGGAGGGUUUGAGCCCUCAUUCCCCUGCGUCACCGUUGGCCAGAUUGCCACGUUUCUGCCGCUUUCAAAGCAGAAUAGAAUAGCCGGCUUCGCUUCCCCAUGCUUUGCAGAAAUCUUGCCGUUUACUGCCCAAUCCACUGAAGGGUCGUCUCGGCGAUACAGAAUACGAAACGAGAAACUGUGUGGGAGUGGAGACCGGAAUUGGGAGGAGCAAGUGCCAUAAACAUGUCGAGUGUGAAGCUUUUCGAUGCACACUGCCACCUCCAAGAUCCCAGAGUCCUGAACAAAGCUCCCCAGCUCAUAGCUACUGCACUCGACACAGGUGUUGCCCGCUUUGCAGUUAAUGGAGUUUCCGAGAACGAUUGGAGCUUGGUGAAAGAGAUGGGGGAGCGUUACCCUUCUGUUGUUCCUUGCUUUGGCCUCCAUCCAUGGUUCAUCAGGGAGAGGACUCCAAAUUGGUUUAAUACAUUGAAAGAACUCUUUGAAGUCACUCCCUCAGCUGCAGUUGGAGAGAUUGGUAUAGACAAGGGUUCACAUGGGAAGACGAUUGAUUUUGCAGAUCAGGUUGAUGUAUUCCAGAAACAGCUUCAGCUUGCGAAAGAACUGAACAAACCAGCAUCCAUUCACUGUGUUCGUGCCUUCGGUGAUCUGCUUGAGAUAAUGAAAAAUGUGGGGCCUUUUCCUGCUGGCGUUAUCCUCCAUUCCUACUUGGGUUCUGCUGAGAUGGUUCCAGAACUUGCCAAGCUCGGUGCUUACUUUUCAUUUUCUGGGUUUCUCAUGUCCAUGAAAACACAGAAGGCAAAGAGAAUGCUAGCAGCGGUUCCUUCUGAUAGGAUUUUGUUGGAAACAGAUGCACCAGAUGCUACCCCAACUCUAAAUGUGGACACUCUUUUUUCGGUUGAUGGCAGAAGUCACUCCAAAGAAGAAAAUCUCUCUACAUCCGGUGGCCUCUCUGAUGAAAAUAAUUCCAACUCUUCAAAAGAGGCGUCAAACCGGAAAGAAGAAACACUUAAUCAUCCAGCAAACAUUCAUCACGUACUCAAUCACGUUGCAUCACUGCUCGAGUUGAGUAAAGAAGAAGUCGCCGAGGCAAGUUACAGAAAUGCAGUGCAGUUAUUCGCGUACCAAGGCUCAAAGGUGCAAUUAGAAUGAUACUCAAAGUUCAACCUACAGAAGUAUAUGUGCAUCUCAACUGCUCAAUACAUGAGAAUGAAUAGUACCUAAGCUGGCAUCAUGGCAGCAUCAAGCAUUGUAUGUACAAAAAGACACCCCCAAUACUUUGUAUAAUGAUGCGAGGAAAAGAACCGUGUAACUUGUGAGUUAUCAGAAGUCUCCCCUUUGGUACUUCAUACGAUGUUUUAAUUAGUGCCUAAGUAACUUGGAAAGCAGAAAAAGAACCUACUUUUGGGACCUGGGUUCUUUCUUCCCCUUUAUUUCCUUUUGAACUGAUUCUUUUCUUUCAUCCUAAGGUUGCACACUACUUCGUUACUUUUCUCCCUCCAACCCAUGAUAUAAACGACAUUCUGAUUUGCAAUCCCUUUUCCAUUUCUUUUUGGAACCAUAGGAAAACAACCUCCCGUCUUCAGGGCUGAAAUCUCAUAGUUUUGUCUCUUCAGAGAUCCCUGAUGGGGAAUAGCAACAGCAGGUUUUGUUGGUGUUUCUUCUUUGCUGUCAUGCUUGUUUUGGUGGCCAGUAAUGGGUUCGGUGAAGCACAAGAAUUGUGCCGACAAGUGAUAAAGGCUGGGAACGGAAGCUGUGAUCCUGAAACUUGCAGCAGCCAGUGCACGGCUGUGAUGAGCCUUAAAGGGACAGGAUCUUGCACUCAGACUUUCACAAAUCGAUUCACUUGCAUUUGUACUUCACCUUGUUCUUGAUUUCCUUGUACAUUUUUUUUCCUCUGUGCGUCUGUCCUUCGUCUGGGUGUUCUGUUUCCUACGCCGCAUUGAAGAACGAAAUACAACUUUGCAAAUGGCAUUUUGCCUUGGAUUGUGAAUUUAGACUCUGUUUAUCUCUGCAUGUCCAUGAACUUGUACUUCCCGAAUUCGAGUUUCCAGAUUCAGCCUUUUAGUGUUUUUGCCAUUUCAUGAAUGCAACUGCUAACCAUUUGGAUGUAUUCAUGUUGAACAACAGACUUCAAAAGCAAUCAAUUUUCAACCAGAUUGCAGGAGGGAAGUUAGAAACCAAGAACAGGAAGCAGACCAAGUUGGUUGGGAUUGUGCUUCUGCAUGACGCAUAGUUGAAAAUCAGACAAGAUCCUAAGAAAGCGGCUAACAAAAUUAGCGGUUAUGAUGACUCUUGAUGACACAGGCCACCAAAUGUUUAUUAACUUGGCGGAAGCACAAAAUGCAGUCUCCUCUCUCUGUGUAAACAGUAAAUACUAAUUUGUCUCCUCUAUGCAUACAGUUGAAUCAGUAAGAUUACAUGCGUGCAAAUCUCUGCUAUCAAUCUCAAUGGCUGUACUGCUGAAUUCUACCCUUCUUGACUAUAAACUCUGUCAAUUCCAUGCAACUAGUUUUAGUUGAGGGUCUUUAACUUCUCUCUGAAAUAAUUUCACUGCUACACUCAAGUUCUGAAAUUUCAAUGCUCCCAUUGGAUCUGUCCUAACCUCUGCAUUAAAUCGGUUUGUUGACUCCCUCGCUCUCUGGCCUGCUACUGCUACUCCUUAUAUACCGAGGACUUCGUUGUGCCUAUCCUGCAUUCCCCCACUAGCAAGCUAUCUUUCUCCCCCCUACAGAAAUGGGAAAGCUUGACAAUCGCUGUGGCAAUGGCAAGCAAUCAGUUCUCUGCAUUUGUCUCCUCCUCUUAGGUUCGCAUCAAAUCAUCUUCUUUCAAAUGAAAAAAGUUAUCACAACACACUUGUUCGUCACAUGUUUCCAUUGUUUUAUCCAUUUGCAGUUGGAGUGCUAGCUGUGGCGCCAAGGGAUGCAGAAGGAUACAUUGGAGAGUGCACGAAAGAGCUGAAUCCAGACAGUUGCAAUGUGCCAGCAUGCCAGGCAGAGUGCUUCACAAGUCACAAGGGGUGGGGACAGUGUGCACACUCAUCGCUCGAUGGUAUCUUCCACUGCGUUUGCUACUACCGUUGCCCUCACGAUCCCUGAAGAUUCUCUCUUUGUUAUCUCCGUCGUCAUACCUAUUAUGACUGUGAACAUCAUCCCACUUUAAGAACUAAAUAAAUCAAACAAUAAAGA